GAUUUCCAAUCCACUUAGACUCAAAACAAACGUCACCCCUAAUUAAUCUCCCUCCUCCAUUGCUGAGAUGAAAGAUGUGGUCAAUCUGCUCAACCCUUCAACUAAUUCUGGUAAUUCCGCCAUGGAGGCACAACACCAAGCUUCUUUUUCAUCACUCUAAAUCAACCAAAUUCAACUAUUUUCCUCAACAUUGUCACAUCAUCAAAUGUAAUUUCUCCAGGGAUGACUCUCCUUCUCCUAUCCCAAACCAAAACCAGUUGGGAUAUGAUCCUUCAGAGGAGCUAUAUGGUCUUGAUGUUGAUAUGCCACCAAGGGGAAAAUCAGAUGCACUGGAAACUAGAUCUUGGUUUGGGCCCAAUGGACAGUAUAUUAAAGAACUUCCGUGCCCAAGUUGCCGAGGAAGGGGAUAUACUCCAUGCGCAGAGUGUGGAAUAGAGCGGUCUAGACAAGACUGUUCGCUUUGCAGUGGGAAGGGACUAAUGACUUGUGAACAAUGUUUGGGAGAACGUGUUAUCUGGGAAGAGUUGAUUGAUGAAAUCCCGUGGGAAAAAGCACGUUCCAUCUCUCUACUCAAAGUCAAAGAAGAUGAUGAUGUUGAUAAUUUGGAGCUAAAUCUGGAUUCAAGGAAGAAAUCAAAGCGAGUUUACCGAUCUACCCCUCCAGAAGUUGGGCUGAAAAUCAGCCGCUCCUUGAAAAGUCUCAAUGCAAAAACAGGACUGUUCAGCAACAGGAUGAAGAUCAUCCAUCGUGAUCCGGCUCUUCAUGCUCAAAGAGUAGCCGCUAUUAAGAAAGCUAAAGGAAAACCCGAGGCAAGGAAACAUACUUCUGACACUCUGAAAAUCUUCUUUAGUGAUCCUGAGAAUCGCAGGAAGAGAAGCCUUUCUAUGAAAGGGGUUAGGUUCUUCUGCAAGAACUGUGGAAAAGAAGGGCACAGGAGUUAUUACUGUCCUGAACAUAGAGAAAACACUGAAAGGAAAUUCAAAUGUGGGUUGUGUGGAGAGAAGGGCCAUAAUAGAAGAACUUGUCAAAAGCCAAAAACAAGUAAACCAAAACAAAGAAUUCUAAUGGAGUACCAUUGCCGUUUAUGUGGAAAAGUUGGUCAUAAUCGCAGGACUUGUUCUCUGAAGACUGAACUACAACAGUCAGACAGUGCCACCCAUGAAAAUGAAGGUUCUCUCAAGGUUUCAACGGUAUAUGCUCAAAAGCAUCAACAUCAAUGCAGUGUAUGUGGGAAAAGUGGUCACAAUCGCAGGACUUGUUCUUUGAAGACUGAACUACAACAGUCAGACAGUGCCAUCCAUGAAAAUGAAGGUUCUCUCAGGGUUUCAACGGUAUAUGCUCAAAAGCAUCAUCAUCAUCGAUGCAGUAUAUGCGGGAAAAGUGGUCACAAUUGCAGGACAUGUUCUCUGAAGACUGAAAGUGCCACUUUUGAAAAUAAAGGCACUCUCAUUCUCAAGGACGACUUGAAGGGAAACGUUCAUCAUCGAUGCAGUGUAUGUGGGAAAAGUGGUCACAAUUGCAGGACUUGUUCUCUGAAGACUGAAAGUGCCACUUUUGCAAACAAAGGCACUCUCAUUCUCAAGGACGACUUGAAGGGAAACGUUCAUCAUCGAUGCAGUGUAUGUAGAAAGAGUGGUCAUAAUAAGAGGACAUGUUCUGCACACUCAAUUGAAGAAUUCGACUCAGUAGAAGAAUUGGACAUGAUUUCUGGAGUUAGCCAAAAAACAAGACGGGAAUAUCACUGCAAGAUUUGUGGAGUGCUUGGCCAUAAUCGGAGGACAUGUGCUGACAGGGGAGUAGUAAACAAUGUAUGAAAUAUGAUAUCUUCUGAUUCAUUCAUGGUUUAGUCAUUUUCGUCAAAAUUCUUGUAUGACUGGAAAUUUUGCAAUGAACUUUGCCAGAUGAAAUAUAAUCUCAUAUCAUGGUGUAAAUAAUAAGCAUUUCAUACAAUUUUCUCAAU